AUGGAUGCUCGCUUUAAUGGCGUCGCUUCCGGAUUAACGAACAAUGAGCAGCAGCAGCAGCAGCAGCAGCAGCAGCUGCAAGUGAAGCUCAAUGCCUGGCAGCCAUUGACGGGCCACAACAAUUGGCUGAUACUGCAGGCAACGGCGGCAACAGCCAUGCGACAGCAGCAGCAGCCACAAGGGCAACUUCCUGUCAAUUACUACGCCUACAAUCAUCGCUAUCAAACGGUGGCGACAGCUGCCGCAAACGAUGCUCCCAGCGGAAAUUACAAACAGGUGCGAUCCAAUCUCAAUGCGGCGGCUCCACGCUACGUGUGGGCCCUGAGCCCCACUCUCCAUCAAUUGCCGAACGGCGAGGAUGCGCCGGACGUGCAGAGGGGACAUAUCGAGCCGGAAGCACGCGAAGCCAACAACCGCGUGACUAACACAUACGCCAACACAAACGCCGCUGAUGAGGCCCUUGAUGUCCUGGCUAAGCCCACCUCAGCAACGGCUCAGCGCAUAAACAACUAUUUGACAACAUUUGAGCGCGCCGUGCGCAAGGUGCGCAACUUUUGUGACACUGUGCGAGAUCUCAUCAGCGGGGAGGAUGGAGAGGACUGGGAUGAGGGCCACGAGAUAAAGCAGGAACUGAGGUCGUUGGAGACAAAUAUCCUGUCAACUAAAUUGGUUGGGCGGAGCAUAGACGCAGCAACUGAAAAUGAAGAAGAAGAAGAGGAACAACUAGAAACAGCUACAACAACAUCAAAGGAAAUUCAAGGCCGAGGCAGCCAGCUGGCUGGCAGCAUUCAGGGCCGCAAGCUGAAAAAACUGAAGAAGAAAAUUCAGAAACUACUGCUGCCACUGCUCAUUGCGUACAAGUUAAAGUUUCUGACCCUGAUACCGGUGCUGAUUGGAGGGCUGACACUGCUGGUGGGCACCACGGGCCUGGCCGGCUUCUUCUUCGCCCUGUUCACGGCCGUGAUGAGCCUCAAGUCGUCGGCAGGUGUUGGCCAUUCCAGCAAAGCGAUUGUCUUGAAGAAAAUUUGAGUUCAGCGGCGGCGAUUGAUUUCGGAUAUAGGUUAACGCCUCAAAACUAGAGCUCCACUUAAUGGGAGGCGAGCUCAAUAGCU